AUCAAAUAAUAAUAAUAAUCUAACCUUCGGAAAGCAUGUGCACGCGUGUCCUCGAAAUUCAUAAACAUUCAAGUGAAAAUAAGUAGAUAUAUGUUUAUAAACAUUCAGACAAAUGGCUGAUUUCGACACAGAUUUGUUCGAUGCUUUUGAAGAAGCGAACGACAGUGUUGUGGAAAUCAUUCCACAAGGCAUUGAGGCAGAGUCUAAAAGCUCCACUCCAAAGCAAGAUGAAACUGAAGCAAAUUUCAAACGCGAGCGUGAUGAAGAUGACGACAUGGAAACAAAGAAGAUAAAAGUGGAAUCGAUUCUCGAUGAGAUCAAUCUAGAUGAAUUAGUCUCUCAAAUAAAGAUCCACAAAAUAGAAACAAUUAAGUCAUGUACCCACGAAGUAGCUGUCCCCCCCGACCAUGACUACAUUCCGCUUGAGAUUAAAACAGGCUCUCCAGCAAAAGAAUACAAAUUCAUUCUCGACCCUUUCCAACGAGAAGCGAUCCUCUGCAUCGAGAAUAAUCAAUCAGUCCUGGUCUCAGCCCAUACAUCGGCAGGAAAAACUGUGGUAGCUGAAUACGCAAUUGCAUGUUCUCUAAGGGACAAGCAACGAGUGAUUUACACAACCCCAAUCAAAGCUCUGAGCAACCAAAAGUAUCGAGAAUUUUACGAAGAAUUUAAGGACGUCGGACUCGUCACAGGAGAUGUUACGAUAAAUCCAACAGCCAGUGUCCUCAUCAUGACCACAGAAAUUUUGAGAAACAUGUUGUACAGAGGAUCCGAAGUGAUGAGAGAAGUAGGAUGGGUGAUUUUCGAUGAGAUCCACUACAUGAGGGACAAGGAGCGAGGAGUUGUGUGGGAGGAAACAUUAAUCCUCCUACCUGAUAAUGUCCACUAUGUUUUCCUUUCAGCCACCAUUCCCAAUGCUCGCCAAUUCGCUGAAUGGGUGGCGCAUCUUCACCAUCAACCUUGCCAUGUAGUUUAUACUGAUUACCGUCCAACCCCACUGCAACACUUCAUAUUUCCUGCUGGAGGCGAUGGCAUUCACUUAGUAGUAAACGAAGAUGGCCAGUUCAAAGAAGAUAAUUUCAACAGAGCUAUGGCUUGUCUUCAGAAGUCUGGUGAAGCUUCUAAAGGUGACCAAAAGGGGAGGAAAGGAGGGUUUCGAGGAGGUGGUUCUGGUUCUUCCAACAUCUUCAAAAUUGUAAAAAUGAUCAUGGAAAGAAACUUCGCUCCAGUCAUCAUUUUUAGUUUUUCUAAAAAGGAUUGCGAGCUUUAUGCUAUGCAAAUGGCACAGUUGGACUUUAAUUCGCCUCAAGAAAAACUCUUAGUAGAUGAAGUGUUCAGGAAUGCAAUGGAUGUGUUGAGCGAGGAGGAUAAAAAGUUACCUCAAGUGGAGAAUGUUCUUCCUCUCUUGCGAAGAGGAAUUGGAAUCCAUCAUGGAGGUUUGCUUCCAAUCUUGAAGGAGACUGUGGAGAUCCUUUUCGGUGAGGGCUUGAUCAAAGCAUUGUUCGCGACUGAGACAUUUGCUAUGGGAUUAAACAUGCCUGCAAGGACAGUUUUAUUCACAGCCCCAAGGAAAUUUGAUGGGAAAGAGUUCAGGUGGAUCACGUCAGGUGAAUACAUUCAGAUGUCUGGACGUGCUGGUAGAAGAGGCCUUGAUGAAAAAGGAAUCGUUAUCUUGAUGAUUGAUGAACAAGUCAGUCCUGCAGUAGGGAAGGCAAUUGUUCAGGGAAAAGCAGAUCCUAUCAAUUCAGCUUUUCAUCUAACCUAUAACAUGGUCCUGAAUCUCCUUCGAGUCGAGGAAAUCAACCCAGAAUAUAUGCUAGAGCGAAGUUUCUAUCAAUUCCAGAAUCAAGCCUCUAUUCCUGACCUCUACAAUAAAGUUAAAGAACUACAGCAAUCUUAUGAUGAGAUCAAAGUCGGAAAGUUUACGGAAAUUGCUUGUUACCACGACAUCAGGGAACAGUUGGAUAAACUAGGAGAGGACUUCAGAAGUUAUUUAACAAAACCGGAGUACAUUGUACCAUUCUUACAGCCUGGUAGGAUGGUGAAGAUAAAGAACGAACACACAUUCGAUUGGGGAAUCGUAGUGAACUUCAAAAAGAAGAACUCUAGAAAUCCCAAAGAAAGUGCACUUAUAAUUGUUGACGUUCUUCUCCACGUAUCGAAAAACUCCAAAGAAGACGCUCCAAUUCCGUGUGCCAGGGGUGAGGAAGGUGAAGUUGAAGUUGUCCCCGUUCUACAUACUUUGAUUUCACAAAUAAGUUCGCUCAGACUCUAUUACCCCAAAGAUCUGAGACCUUCAGAUAAUCGUAGGAGUGUCUUGAAGACGAUUCAGGAAGUAAAGAGACGAUUUCCGGAUGGUCCUCCACUUUUGAAUCCAAUAACCGAGAUGAGAAUAGAGGACUCGAUGUUCAAAAACAUUGUGAAGAAGAUUGAAAUAUUAGAGGAGAGACUGUACGCACAUCCUCUGCACAAGCAUCCAGAGCUUGAUGUAAUUUACGAUAAUUUUUCAAAGAAAGAAGAAGUAGGGAAACAACUGAAACAGGCGAAGCAGGAGCUGAAACAGGCGAAGUCGGUUUUGCAGAUGGAUGAAUUGAAGUGCAGGAAGAGGGUCUUGAGAAGGAUGGCUUACUGCACGGCUGCAGAUGUAAUCGAGCUUAAGGGACGAGUUGCGUGUGAGUUAAAUGGCGCUGAUGAGUUAUUGCUUACGGAGAUGAUUUUCAACGGUCUAUUUAAUUCUCUGAAUAUACCACAAGUUGCUGCACUGUUGAGUUGCUUUGUUUGUGAUGAGAAAUCUUCAGAAAUGCCAAGAGCGACUAAUGAGCUGAGUGGACCAUUGAGACAGAUGCAGGAUCUUGCCAGGAGGAUUUCUAAAGUCUCCUCAGAGGCUAAUUUGGAUCUUGAUGAAGAUUCUUAUGUAGAAAGGUUUAAACCAUUCUUAAUGGAUGUUGUGUAUGCCUGGUGCAAAGGCGCAAGUUUUCUUCAGAUCUGCAAGAUGACGGAUAUUUUUGAGGGAUCCAUCAUUAGAUGCAUGAGACGUUUGGAGGAAGUGCUAAGGCAAUUAACGCAAGCUGCGAAGAAUAUUGGGAAUACUGAUUUAGAAAAUAAAUUCAGUGAGGCUAUCAAAAUUAUGAAACGUGAUAUCGUCUUUGCGGCCUCGUUGUAUUUAUGAUCAAAAUUAUUGUAGAAUAUAUUUUAUUAUAUGAAUAUGACAUUUAAAUGUGGAUUGAAUUCAUGUAAGUGAUAUAAAGGGUCUGAAAGUGGAAGAGUGGUGGAUGAAAUUAAGGAUUUAUUUGAAUAUUUAGGUUUUUAAUUUUUUCCAAAAAAUGCUCUGCUUAACACAUACAAUACACGAAUCAUGAGUAUGCGGAUCCCUCUGCGGAGAUAAAAUACAAUUUUUCUUUACGAUUUCGAUCGUUUCUCCACUUGAUUGAUCUUCUGACUAUUUUUUAUUUGUUUCUUAUAAAAUAGAGCCGACAUUUUUCAUUCGUGUUUAAUACGAUAUAGUAUGAAAAAAGUACAGCAUAUAAAUUUUAAAUUCUAGGAUAAAACACAGCAUAUUCGAAUUGUUAUCGGACUAUGAAAAAAAUGAAUUAUCAUAAAAUAAAUACAAUUUUUUAUAGGAAAAGAAACCGCCGUUAUUAAAAUUUCUAUUGUAUUUUGAAUUUUAUACGAAAAAACAUUUUCAAUAACUUAUCUUUCUUCUAAAAUUACAGUCUCUUGUGUGCAGAAUUUGAGUUCCGAUAGAGUGAGCUUGGUAUCCAUGGACGUAAGCUAGAUGAAAAAAUAAAAAUAACAUU